AUGGCGGUGGACGCUGAAGAUCUCAUCGUUCAACCUUUUAAAGAAUUAGUUGAGCGUGGGAAGGAAGCUGUCAGGAAUGCACAAGAUGCACAAGAUGACGAGGCCGACCUCGGCAUCGUCAACCAGAUGCUCAAAUCUGCGAGCAGCGUCGUUAAAGAAGGUGAACGAGCGCUUCAAAGACUUCAACCACUGUGGACAUCGCAGGUCGAGAAGCAUGGCCAGGCCUUCCUAGACGCCAUCAAUGACAGUGAAGUCAUAUCAGAAAGUCGGGUAGCCCUGGAUGAUCUGUUGUACGAUUUCGAUGACUUCAUUGAGGUGGAAACUUUUGACGCAGAGAGGUUUUCCGACAUUCAGAGUGCCGCCAAGUCCUUUGGUCGAACAGUCAUUGAGACUAUUAAGCGGCUGCGCAUCGAGAAGUCUGAUGCUACAGCACGACCCGCAACACCAGCAGACUCCCGGCCUGAGCAGCCUCUCUUUCCUCCUCUACCUCCGCUCCCGCCAUUACCGCAGAAAUCUUCUAUCUCUCGGCCACCAACAUCACAUACAGUUCGAGAAGCAGACGAAUUUGCGGUUCAUCCAUUACGGUCUACCCAGCACUCACUUAAGAGAGGCCCCAGUAGCCGUAGUGAGAUUUCAGCCAAGAAUGCCGUGAGGAGGUCUGUAGCUUCCGACGCCUCUAGCUUUGAAAUCCGCUCUGCAAGAAGGUUGAAUCUCCAGCAAAUAGUUCAACCAGACACAGAGGCUGUGACUCAUGCUUCCAGGCGGCCCUCCAGUCCCGAGGUUCUCGGAGCUGAGUUCGCCAAUGUCCACCUCUCGAACGGGACCUCAUCGCCUAUAAAUGGCAACGGGGAGAUACAGCCGCUUCAGCUACUCGGCACUGCUCCACGAACCACGGCAUGGGUUCACGAACAAGCUACAUCAACCCGGCCACGGUCCGUGAGAGAUUCGAUCCCUGAAGAAAUGCCCAUGCCAUCCAAUGCUAGCAGCAGGUAUACUGUUAGAAGUUCGGAUCGCGACAGCUUGAUCUUCGAUGCCCCGACAAGUCCAACUACGGCAAGGACUUCUGUAUUUAGUACUAAUGAGUCGUUUUAUAAGCACAUGCCGUCCCUACCUCCACUUCCGGACUCUGCACUGCGCCUCAAUUUACAUCCUCCGGCACGGCUUGAGACGCCGAUGGAAACGCCGCGAACGCCACGUGAGCCAGAAAUACGAUCCCCCACAGCUGAACAAACCUUCGACAGCGGACUAAUUCUAGCCGACGAGGCUCCAGGAGGCAACAGAGUCGCAGCUAAUGACGACUCUGCUCAACCAAUCUGGUAUUCCCGGAAGGUGAACUGCGAGAUCGGACCGCGAAGCAGUCUUUUUAGCAUGGGUGGCUUCUGCAAAGGGGCGCACCUCUUUGCUGAGGGAGGAAUGGAGGCUGGGACAAAGUCUUCGUAUGAUUAUAUGAGCAAAACAUACGAGGCUUGUUGUGUCGAUUGCCAAUACAGUCAAGAUAUGUCCAAGUUACUGGCGGAUGCGAAGAAAGACAAGAAGGCAAACUUCCUCACGCACGGAGUCCGCUACAGACUUCGAUACCUAUACAAGAGCCACGUGUUUACCAAUACCCCCGGCGUUAAGAAUUAUGGCUGUCUUUUUUGCUCGCAGGACGGGCAUACGACGCGAGAGGGCGAUGCCACUGUGUUUGGCUCUCUUGAUAGUCUGUUCGCUCACUUAGCACGCCACCCACAGCCACUACAACCCGUGGCCGGCAUCAAGGUCUUAUAUGGUACGGAGGAGAAUCUUACUGAUGAGGACCUCCAAGAAUAUGACUUGUACUUUCCAAAUUCCCCGCUUCCAAGCAACAUUCCCGACGACGAGACAGUGAGGCUAGCCCGUCUACCCGUCGCUCGCGCCACCAAGUCCCACGACAUCGGUGAGGAAGAGGUGGAACUGGUAGGGCCAGGAGGCAAGAAAGAGCGUCCACUGCCAUUCCUUGCCGGUGGGCGGAUCAUUGGUCUCGAGUUCCUCGAAAAGUGGGAGAGCAAGUACUGCAUCGGGUGGCACGAUGGGGUGCGCGGUUACUUUCCCAGCAAGAUUGUCGAGCUCGAGGCCCCAGCCCGGGGUGAAGUAAGACUACCAGGCAUGAACGGUGAUGGGGUCACUGUCAAAGCACGUUGGAAGUGGGCGCCAAAAGACUCGACUAUGGGGUGGCUAAAUUUCAAGGCCGGUGAUACGAUCAGUAAUGUUAGCUGGACAUUCCAAGACCAGUGGUGCUGGUCCGGCAUGACUAAGAACGGCAAGGUCGGCUUUUUCCCACAGUCGCACAUCAAGCCAGAGUCAAUCCGUGAGGCGCUCAGCAACAACUCUUCGGCAGCCAGCAUCAAGUCGGGAAACACCACAAAAACGAAGAAAACCACACGUUUGUUUAGUAUCAAAAGAUAA